AUGGAAGUGCAGACGCAACCUCGAGAAGCACGUAUCUUCUCGAUCUUGAACGAUAACGACUGUCCGUCCUUUGUCAUCCGCCCAAGGCAAGUCAGGCAGUCUUCUCCCACGGCUGAAUCGCACCGAUCAACAGUGUCGCCGCCGCCGAGGGGAGAGAGGCCGAGUCUUGUGCGUCAUCCCAAGUACGACCGGGAAUCAUCUGUGUCGUCGGCCGGCUCGCCUCCUGCUCUAUCGCGACUCUCUUCCUCGUCCAAAUACUCCACCUCGAGCAUGGAUUCGUCUCCAUCACCUGCAACGCCGGCGUACAACUUUUUGGACCACACCCUCGCGCAGUAUGACCCGCUCCUGCGCCAAGACCCUUUGGCUGGAGGCUAUCUGCCGUCUCCGACCACCAUCACUCCAUUCCUUGAGCAACAAUUGUUGAUCGGCCCCAACAUGCCGGAUCAGUUCUCGGGGAAAUUGAUGCAUCCCAUCACUGCUAACCCAUAUCCUAUCGCGCCCGUGCCGCUGCAUCCUACACUCCAGAAUCUCUCCACGUCAUCGCAACCCCCCAAUGCGUCUGUCCCACCUCCAGCCACCUCGGUCCCUGCAAACGCACAACCUCGAACCUCCCCAACAACCAGCUCAGCUCCCACCACGGGCAAGAAGAACAAAUAUCCUUGCCCCUACGCGCAAUCACAUCACUGUCAAGCCACCUUUACUACCUCGGGGCACGCCGCGCGCCAUGGGAAAAAACACACCGGAGAGAAGGGCGUGCACUGUCCGAUCUGCAACAAGGCCUUUACGAGGAAAGACAACAUGAAGCAGCACGAGCGUACACACAAGGGCCAGUCGACGUCAAGUAGCAACAGCGAAGACUCGACGCGUAAAAGCAAGGCGGCGAUCACUAAAGACGCGCAGAAGGCCAAGCAACUCAAGAAAGAGCACAGCGCGAAUACAGAAGCAAGCCGGCGGUCGAGUCUGAUUCAUUCGCCUCUCUCCGAAGUCACCUCUGUCGCGCCUACGGCCAUCGAUACUCCCCUCAAUGUCGAGGAAUCCGCCAUGUAUGCAGACCCGACCCAGGUGCUCAUGCCCAUCCAAACGAUCCCAGACAACGUAUCCCCAAGCUCUCUGUAUCCGCCGCUCGGCGACGAGACUCUCAUGAAUGCGGCUCCCCUGGGUCAAAUACCUGUCUUGAGCAAGUCGCACGACCCUGGCUCUGGAGCUGGUGGUUUUAUGAACCCAAUGCCGCCUCUCGUUCGCGGACUUUCAGACCUCGACACUCUUGCGCAGGCUGCGGAAAGUUUUGAUGCAUCCUUCUAUCCGGCUGGCCUAUAUCCUCCGCCGGCACAAACACCGUGA